AUGAAAUUAAAAAUUGGAAUUGCAUUAUCAGUAAUUGUUUUAGUUUGUUGUAUAAUUUCUUUUGCAUUACCAUGGUAUCAAAUUGAAAAGAAAGAAACUAAAAUACUAGACAAAGUUGUAGUACAAUAUAGUUGGAAAAAAUUCUCAUGCCAAACUGAUGGUGAAGAUAAAUUAACAUUAAAUUAUGAUGAUGAUGAAAUUGAUUCAAAUUCAAUUGCAACCAAACUUUGUGUUGCAUCAGCUCUUGUAAAUCCACUCAGUGUUGAUAAUAUUUCAAAAAUUUUAAACUCUUCACUUAGUUUCUUGGUAAUUGCAUCAGCUCUUGCUCUUGGUACUGCUCUUUUACAAUUAAUUCUUCUUUUAUCACCAAAAUUAUGCAGAUCAUGCGUUUGGAAACUUUUAUGUAUUGGUUGUUCAAUUGCAACCAUUGUCAUGUUAUUCAUAUCAUUCUUUACAUUUUUGGGUGCACCAAAAGCAUUCUAUGAUGAUACUGAAGUUCUUAGUGCCAAUCUUCUUGGAGCAUGUGAAGAGAGAUGGUGUGAUAAAAUUAUUGGUGAUGACGAUUAUUUCAAAUGGUUACCAGGUGGUGGAUGGUGGUCAACCUUAUGUGGAUGUUUUACUGCUUUGGUAGCUGGUAUUUUCACAUUAGCUUCUCACAGAUAA